AUGGGUUUAUACAGAAAGAAACUGUUCGGAACAAACACAUUCGUGCUGUCCAGUGUCAAGAUGACAGUGAACCGCAGCGCCACGCGCUGGACAUGGCCGUGGACGGCGCCGACUUGGAUGAACUCGUCCACUCGGAAUGGGGCGUUCAGAACGAGGUACAAUCCCCCCACGGCGUUGUGUGUCUAAUAAGCAAUGCUGGGUUCGUUUCGGAGAAACAAACGUCUCGUCCGUACGUACCGCGCCCGCAAAUCCCAGCGCGAUCGCGCCGCCCAGCAUCCCCAGAAACGAAUACUUUAACAACGACUGAUCUUGCCACAUUUGCAAGUAAAUGUACAUGGACACGAUCACCAGCACCAACAGACGGAGCAACUACCCGAGCAAAAUCCUGAAAUGACGCGGGAGAUAUGACGACAGGACGUACCUUGAUCGACUCGGAGAUGACGACUUUCUUCGAGUUGUCGGCAGCUUUUCCGCCGAACCGUCGGAUCGCGAGCUAUGGAAGAGUGAGUUUGUGAGAGUAAGCUACGAGGAAGGGAUGGAGGGAGGUACGGCACCCGAUCGAUGACGUUGAACACCGAGUAGAUCCACAUGAGGAAGAAGAUGCCCCAGAUGUAGAUGUGGAAGCGGCAUAGGUAUGGCGACAGCAGACCCACGAUGGCGGCCCCCAUGCACAGUGUCGCGCUCAGAAGUCAGGAACAAGCUCAAGAGAGGGAUGCACGUACUCGCGGACAAAGGGAAACUUGCCCAGGAUGAACAGCAUGAAGCUCAGUGUGACACGAGGAAGGAACGUCGCAAAGAAGAUCAUCGCGCCGGCGAGGAUCAAGUACUCGACCGCUUGGCCUUGCAUGCACACCCACCAUGCUGGGAUCUCAUUGAGGGGCAUGCAGCUGCUAUCCUUCAUGCAUCUCGCAUAGCCCACGGCGCUCGAACCUCCGUCGGCCAUGACGACGCCCAUGACACCCGUCAAGGCGGCCACUGCCAGGAAGCGCCGUUGUUUCAUCUUGCAUUAUGCAGAAUUCUCUUCGUAUCCGUAUCAUCCGGAUACAUUUUGCCCCCUCCCCGGAUAAUGAUAUCCGGAUAACGCUCCAAGUAUUUCCUCCACGUCGUCAAUAAGAUGGAAGCGUACCCGGUGGAACUGAAGGAGGUGCCGCGCCCGCUAGUGGCGGCGUUGGGCCCCAAGGACCUCCAGGCGCGAGUGCUGCCGGUGCUUCGGUCGAUCAACGAGGAGUUCGUGCCGCAGCUCCAGAUCAAGUCCCUAAGCUUUGACCACCGGUUUGUGUUUCCCAUCAAGAAGGACAAGUCGACGUCGUUGUCCCCGCCUCCUAGCAAGGGCAUUUGGAAAACCGACUGGCUCAAGAAACAUCACGAAGUGCUUCCGUCGGUCGUGCUCCUCUUGUACGCGUUCGAGCCUCGGUUGGCGACGCGGGACUGGGCAAUCCAGGAAACGGUGAUCCGCGACGAAGUGGAGGAUCUGCGGCGGAUGCUGUCGGGUCGCGACGUCAAGAUCUUGCUUGUGCUCGUGCAGCUUCUGGACGACGCUGCCACCACCACUGCAUCCCCUUCCACGUCUUCUAGCAUGGUGAACGUUCCCAGCAGCGACGACCGGCUCCAGAGCCUGCGCAAGCGCGCCGAGCUCGACGCCAAGAGCGUGUGGCUGCUCAAGGACAUCGUGUCCCGGACCCAUCCGACGCUCAUCAAGCUCGAGGCCGCGAUCCGCAUGAACGCGAUCGAGUACUACAAGGCCCAGGCGAAGCGCGUGAAGAAGGCGAAGAACCCGUCCAAGCUCAUGGCCGCGCGGCACAGCUUCAAGGUCGCGCACUAUUACGAGUUCAGGCAGCACAUGUCCAAGAUGGUUUUGCAUUACGAAGCGGCAUACAAGAGCCUUUUGCACAUGGCCGAAUCGUCUUCUUCUGUUGAAGUCCAGACUCAAGUGCGGGCGGUGGCCGAGUUCGUGCACUUUAAGCUCGUGUACCACGCCCUCUUGACCAAUCGCCAGCUUAAAACCGCCGUGGACCAGCUCCAUCGUCACAUGGCGUCCCCUGUGUCGCAGAUUUCUCCGAAUCACGAUAUAUGCAUGCACUGGGGGUACAUGAGUCGGCAAUACCAUGUGUUUGGGCAGCUCAUGGUCGAGGCGCAGCGGCGGGGCGGCCUCCCGCCGCCUACCGCCGCCGCGAACCCCAUCGACUCGGAUUUGUACAACGAAGUGUAUCUGUACUUUUCCGUGGCGGCGAAAUAUGCGACACGGCGCCGCCUCGCCGCGGCCAAAGCGGGCUUGAGCUACGACCCAAACCACCACCAGCCACCAGUAGCUACUCCACCAGCAGCAGAUAUAUCUCGUUCCAUGUACCUUGGGAUGGCCAAUCAAAGGGUGGCGGAAACGUCCAUCCCGCACGCCGCCCUGGCCAUCCACCUGCUCACCCAAGCUUUGCACCACGUCACAGAUGAUGUGGCCCAUCAUCGACACCGUUUGAAACACCGCCUAGGGCUUCGGCUAGCGCUCGAACACCUCGCGAACCGCGAAUACUCUGUCGCACGCCAACGCCUACAACUCGCGUGCACAGUAUACAUCCAAGAGCGCUGGUAUGGUCUAGUGAGCGAAAUCCUCGGCCACCUUGUCACAUGCGCGCGCCAAGAACGUGACACGGCGGCGUUUCUAGACCUAUCGAUGCAACUUCUCAGUCCGAAACUCGAGCCCUAUGUAUCGGCGCGUGUCCGCGAUACAGUGCACGCCAACUUGUUUGUCGCAUUCGACCACGUAACCUCGUCGCAGAUGACUUCGCUACCCGAGUUGAGCCUCGACGACGGGCGGCUCACGGCAUCGCUGAUCUCGGUAGCCAUUCACUGUACAAACAGUGCAUUGGUGGCUACGUUCGAGUCGAGUUUGCCCGUGGAUGUGGCCUUUUAUACCCUUGGGUUUGUAUUCACUCAAGAUGGAGGAGCUCCAUGUGUGGUUGAACUGCAGCACGAGACGACAGCCGACCUGUUGCUGUCGCCGCACACCCCCCGAACGUUUCAAGUGCCUGUGACACCGUUUUCUGGCAACGGCGUCGUCGCAUGCCAACAAGUUCGAUUUGGGCUGCGGAAUCGCCAUCAUGUGCCGUGGACGUGGACGUUGGCGGGGCCAUUUGCGGCGCAACCACGUCACAGAUUGGUGCGGCGCAACAGUUUUUUGCUGCCAGAAAUCAACGGACGCGUGCCUGGCAUGGGCCAAGGCGCGGGGUCGCCGUCGUUUCAAAGGGCGAAUCUGCGACACGGCGCGGAUACGUAUCCGGAUUCUUUGUUUCACCAAGUCGACAAGGCGACCGUCGACUUGAUCUCGACGAGCCCAGUACUCGUCGACGGUGUCACAUGUUUGGAGUUUGUUCUGCAUGCCCCAUCGACCGACCACGUGCACCACCCGCGCUGCGCCGUCACCAUUGACGACCAAUCAUGUGCUACCGUGCUUGGCCCUGUAUCGCAGGAUCAGCUCAUAUCCCCGCAGCUGGCUCAGUCCGACCAGCGCUUUCAAGUCGUUGUGACGUGUCACAGCCCUGGCCCCGUACUUGUAUCUGUGCACGUCGCGUAUGAAACUACAAGGGGAGAGUAUGUCCAGAUCGAUAUACCGUUCACGGUGCACGCGGUGCUGCCUGUGACACUGUCGACAGCAAAGACAGAUGGCGUGGCGACGGUCAAUGGGAGUGGGUUUAUGCUGGUCGCGCACGUCAAGGCGGCGGUCGCGCCGCUCCGAGUCCACAAGCUCGCGUUGACACAUGUGACACCGUACGCCACAAUUGUUCAAUCUGGAAACGACGACGAAUGUGCGACACUGGGCGCGGGGGACGCGCACAGUCUGGUGCUGCACGUGACCCCUCGAGAGGUCACAGUGUCACAUAUUCUCGCGCAUGUUCUCGUCCACUGGUCAUCCCUCGAUCAUCCAGAACAUGUGGUCACGACGGAGCUGGCGCUGCCAUCCAUGGCAUUUCAACCGGCGCCGCUCAGUGUCAAGAUAGACGACAUGCCAGUGUUCGGGACCCAAGGCCAUGUGACAUGGGUUCACGUGCGACUCACAAAUCACACUAUUUCAGGGUAUAUUGUGGACGUCCAGAUUGCGUCUGACUCAUCCGAGUUUCUUGUCGCGGGCGUCGUCGAUGGCCACAACGUUCAAGUGCUCCCCAUGGAAACAAUUAGUGUGACCAUUGGACUCGUGCCGUUGCACCCAGGUCACUUGACAUUGCCCAAGGUUAAAGUCGUGCACGUGGACUCGAACGAGACGUUUCGAGCGACGGACCAACGUGUGACACUGUUUGUCGUGCCCGACAACCAUACAACCAGUGCUGCCAUGCUGCUUGCGUAGUACUAGUAGUAGUUAGUAGUACUAGUAGUACUAGUACUAAUAGUACAUUUCCGUAGGCAUAACGAGGCGAGUUGGGGUUAUACAGUACUAUUAAUACUUCUUAUUCGUAGAGACAUAUACACUGA